GCUGCGUCCCAGAAACAAUCCAGUGCAGGUUCUGUACAAGGUCCUCUUUAAAUAAAGUCGGUGUUAGUCUUGCUGUGGCAAUUCUGUUUUAAAAGAAGUACAAUUAUAAACAUUCGUCAAAUCUUGCCUGUAAAAUGCAAUUAGCCCUUGCGGUUUUCCUUAUCCCCGUGGAUUAAUUUCAGUCAGUUCCGGAAAUACGGUGGGCGAGGAGGAGAAAGUAUUUGAAAAGCGUACUCCUAAAGCCCAUUGCACGUACAGAACCGAUACUGAGCUGCGGAUGUGAUCGCAAUUUUGAGCUCGGUGGUUUGUCCCUCUGCGGCUGCCGGUGCUCUGCAUUUUGCACUUUUGUCCUGCCAGCAAAUUAAACAGCAAGGAAAAAAAAACAACGAAGAACCUGCUUUUAACACCGAGGCCGCUCGGGCAGUGGCAGCGAGACCAGCCCCAGCGCAGCGGUCCCCGGGAGCAGUCGUUAGCGGCGCUGCAGUGGCUAAGACUCACUGAGCAAGUCCCUCUGUUUCACUCCCAGGGCCCUUUCCCAACCCCCAACCCCAACCCCAACCCCAACCCCAACCCCAACCCACCCAACAUCCUUGUAAAAGCAAAACAGAAAUUGCUGGAGAAACUCAGCAGAUCUGUCGAGAGAGAGAGAGAGAAGAGAGACAAAGCAGAGUGAACGUGUCCAGUCUUAACAACUGAAGUGGAUAAUCACUGGGAAAGGUCAGACAAGCGAUUGGAAAUUGGGCAGGUUCACCCACCAUGGAAGGGAUCAAGCAUGUAGUAUCCACUGCGAGAGCUGCCUACAAUCGGGGAAAAUCCCGGCCUCUGGAAUUCCGCAUCCAGCAACUGAAGGCGCUGGAGAGAAUGAUCAAUGAGAAAAAGGAGGAGUUCUCAGUAGCGCUGAAAAAGGACUUGCGCAAGAACGAUUAUGCUGUGGAUGUCUUUGAAAUUGCCGGCAUUCUGAAUGAGACUUCUCUGGCCAUCACCAAACUACCCGAGUGGACUGCUCCAGAGUACGUGUCGAAGAGUAUAAUGACAUUAAUGGACACUGUUUAUAUCCAUCGAGAACCUCUCGGGGUGGUUCUUAUCAUAGGGGCCUGGAACUAUCCUUUGGCUCUUAUUAUCCAGCCUCUAAUUGGGGCAAUUGCAGCAGGAAACGCCGUAGUCCUGAAGCCAUCAGAAGUGAGUGAGAAUACGGCCCGGUUACUGGGGGAGCUCCUCCCUCAAUACUUGGACAAGGAUCUUUACCCUGUCAUUAACGGAGGGGUCGAAGAGACAACGGAGGUGUUGAAGCAGCAGUUUGAUCACAUCCUGUACACGGGCAGUACCAACGUUGGCAGGAUCGUUAUGGAGGCUGCAGCCAAACAUCUGACCCCUGUGACCCUGGAGCUUGGCGGGAAAAGUCCAUGUUAUAUUGAUGGUGACUGUGACCUGGAUGUGGCCUGCAGACGUAUUGCAUGGGGACGGUACACAAACAGUGGUCAGACCUGCAUCGCUCCAGAUUACAUCCUGUGUAAUAACAGUAUCCAGGAUGAAGUGGUGAAGAAGAUUGGCUCUGCUGUCUCUGAAUUCUAUGGAGCCGAUCCCCAGAAAUCCCCGGACUACGGACGUAUUGUAAACCAGCGGCAUUUUAAGAGACUGAUGUCUUUGCUGGAGGGAGAGAACGUGGUGUUUGGUGGUCAGCGCGAUGAAAAGGAGCUCUACAUAGCUCCCACAAUUGUGACUGAUGUGGAUCCCAACUCCAGGAUUAUGCAGGAGGAGAUCUUUGGCCCAUUGCUACCCAUCGUCACGGUCAACAGCACAGAAGAGGCCAUUGACUUCAUCAAUAAGAGGGACAAGCCCUUGGCUCUCUACGUCUUCUCUCACAACAAAAAGUUGAUCCAGAGGAUUAUCGCAGAGACAUCUAGUGGUGGUGUAACUGCCAACGACUGCCUGGUCCAUUACAUCAUUGACACCCUGCCAUUUGGGGGUGUGGGGAAAAGUGGCAUCGGGGCUUACCACGGUAAAUUCAGCUUUGAAACCUUCAGCCACCGCCGAGCUUGUGUGUUGAAAUCGCUGGGUAUGGAGAAGGCGAAUAGUAUCCGUUAUGCACCAGCCACUGAUUCAAAGCGAAAAUGGACCCUUUGGCUGAUGAAGAAAUCUAAAGGAUACCGGAAAAUGCACCUUUUUACAUUCGCAUUGCUGGGAGUUCUCGUUGCCAUCCUGAUGCAGUUUUACCGUGUGUGAUACACAGCAGGACUCCGAUCUCUUACCAAUUCUGCAAUUGAAACUUGUGAAGACUUGAACCAUGCGAAAGGCCCCUCUGCUUCUUAACGCAACUACUAUUUCGGAGAAAUGCAACCAAAUUGGCGUUCCUCCAAUAUUUCGAUUGAUCACCUCCCCAAUUAAUCUGUACAAGUUUCCAUUCACACUGAUUGAAGAGGCCUCCACUGGAAGAGCUAGCAUCAGCAUUGAUAUGAGCUCAAUGGCCUCCUGUACUCUAAUUUGUUUUUAACAUAAUUUUUUGUACAAUCUAUAUCUGAGUUUAUAUUGGUGCAACUAAUAAUUGCAGCUUUUUUUAAAGCAUGGAUGACAUGUUUAUUGUCCUAAGAUUUAAUCAUCAGUUCAUUGCUGUUAUUAAUUAUAAUAAGGUUUAAACAUUAAUUUGCCUUCCACACUGAGAGACCUGUGUGUUUCUGCUCAAUUGUACUGUUUCUCUUGGUAUAAUUUGGUCAAACAGAUGCAAAUAUCAGAAUUUUAAGUACAAAUCUAAUUUUCUACAAUCUUCUUGCUCUGGUUUUCAAAAAAGUAAUCUGAUAACUUGAAGUUUGGCCCUACCUUGUAUUCUAAGUAAUGAGCUUCCACUAAUUUGAAAAACAAAUUAAAUAGUGGCUGAAGUAGACCAUUUGGCCCGUUCGAUAGUGCUACACCAUUCAGUGCAAGGACGACUGAUCUUGGGCUUCAACUCUACUUUCCACUUCCCAUAUCCCUCCGUUCCCUGAAUAUUUCUGCCCCAACCUUUAAAUGUGUUCCAUAAAGGAGCAUCUAUAACCCUCUGGGUGGGGUAUCCCAAUGAUUCCUAAACCUUUUGAGUGAAGUGAUGUCUCUUUACGUCAGUCCUAGGUGAUUCCGUAUGAGACUGUGUGUCCCCGAGUUUUUGAUUGUCGGUCUCUACUCCAUGAAGGCUCUUCGUAAUCUUCCGUGUCUCAAUGAGCUCUAUCUAUUUGAGAGUUUCUGAAGAAGUUGUAAUCGGAAAGGUUCUUUUGGGUACAAUAGCAAUGGGUAUAGUUUAAAAAUAUUUUGAACGUAGCUUUUUUUAAUUUGCUAAGAAGCUGACUUCUCUGUCCCAUGUAUAACUAACAAAUUAUUCUCUAUAUUUGUGAUGAUGAUGAUUUGGGUAUUUAAGCACUAGUUACUCGGAGGUUGUGGGCCCAUUAAAAAGGUCUUGGUGAUUAAACAACUUUCAUCUAUCUCAGUUAAUGCCUUUAAAAUCGAUCGUGGUGUCUAUUUCAAAGCCAGCUUUUCGUUUAUUGAAUUUUACUUUCUGUCAUGUUGCUUGGCUCAUGCUGGCUCAUGGAAGGUUUUUUUUUUAUAAUCGAUGAUUUGCAAAUGAACUUGAGAAAAGAGAAAUUCUUCUCUCUCUCAACCUGUGUUUGCGGCCAAAGACAUCUCUACAUACAAAGGAAGGAGGAUUGUGGUCAACAGAUUUCAUAUCCUUUCCCAGACACACCUUUUUCUGUGAGUAGGGGGUAAGGCCAGCUGAGUUUGUAAGACUAGGCAAAUUGGGACAGGAGUUCAAAUCCCACUGUGGGAGCUGGUGGAAUAUGAAUUAAUUACAAAGUCUGGAAUAUAUAGCUAGGCUCGGAGUUGAUAUUCCUGUGAGCUAUCACUGAUUGUUUGUUAAAUCCCAUCUGGUUCACUGAUGCCCUUUUUUUUAGGAAGGAAAACCACAAUCCUCACCCUGCCUGUCCUCCAGGAUCAAAGUGACUCUUUACUGCCAUCUGGCAGACUGGUCAGUUCUCAGACUGGUAACUCUUCUGCCCAAGAAUCCCUGUGGUGCUCCAGCGAAGCCCAGUGCAAACUGGACAAACUGUACCUCAUUUCCCACUUAGUGCUGUGCGACCGUCAGAACUCAACAUCGGAAUUCAACAACUUCAGACCAGGAACACACUGUCCUUCAUUUCGGAGAUUCACUUCAAACCUGUGCACCAAAAAUUGGAAAGGGGGUCAGGCUGGUUACAUCUGGAAUGGACUUGAUGUUAGAAACUGAAAUUAGGAGUAGGCCAUUCGGUCCUUUUGAGAGUGCUCUGCUGUUCACUAGGAUCAUGGCUGAUCCUCUGCCUCAACGCUGUAUUCCUGCUUUCUCCCCAGACUGCUUGAUGCCUUUAAAAUCUAAACAAAAAAAUGAUCCAUCUCUUUCUUGAUUUAUAGUCAGUGACCCAGCCUUCUGUGACAGAGAAUUGCACAGGUUCGCUACCCUUGGAGUGAAGAAUUCUUUCCUGAUCUCAGUCCCAAAUGGCCUGUUCUGUAAUCGCGUGGCUGUGUCUCCCGGUUCUAAACACCCCCAACCAGGGAAAACGUCAUCCUCCCUGUUCUGAUCAAUCUCCUCCAUAACAUAAACAGGGGUCCCUCAAAUUUUCUUCCUGGUUGUGUGGAAGCCCAAGUAAAUUGCACCACGCAUAGCGAGUGGCAUUGGCACAUCAGAGCGUAAAGGGAGUGGUGCUUGGGGUGGCACGUUGGUUCAGUGGUUAGCACUGCUGCCUCACAGCACCAGGAACCCGGGUUCAGUUCCACCCUCUGGCAACUGUCUGUGUGGAGUUUGCACAUUCUUCCCGUGUCUGCAUGGGUUUCCUCUGGGUGCUCCAGUUUCCUCCCACAGUCCAAAGAUGUGCAAGUUAGGGUGGAUUGGCCAUGCUAAAUUGCCUGUAGUGUUCAGGGAGGUGUAGAUUAGGGGAAUGGGUCUGGGUGGGAUUCUCUGAGGGUUGGUGUGGAUUUGUUGGGCUGACGGGCCUGUUUCCACACUGUAGGGAUUCUAUUAUUCUAGAUGUACUCAGGGUUGGGCAGGGGCAGUGUACCCCUUACCUCAGCUGCCUGGGCGUUUUCGUGCAGUGAGCCUGGCUGUGACCGUGGCCCUCUGUUGCUACUCAAACAGGAUGCUGGUUUGUCAGCAGGUCAGCGCAUGACUCUGGCCUAUGGAGAUUAAACAAUAAAGCCACUGGUGGAAAGCAGUCAAGGGCUGGCAUUGUAGAAGGUCUGCCACAAGCAAUUGGACCCAUUUCACGCAAACAGUGAACUGCAGUGUCAGAACAGAUUGGAUUUGGACAUACUUGUUAACAACAGGAAAUAGCCAUUAACUUUUAAUAGCUUCUGUUAUCCUGAGAUUGAACGCACUUUUUUCUCUCUCUCAAUUUCCCUCACUGAGAGCUCUUGCAGCAUAGUGGUAGUGUCCUUACCUUCAGACUGGAAGGUUUUGGUUCAAAUCCCACCUGCCCUAACAGUGUGUUGUAACCUGUCUAGAAAAAAAGUUGAUUCAAAAUCUCUGUACCUCAGUGAGUCCCAAUUCUGAAUGAUGCUUUUCCCACUAGAAAAACUUCAGUCUAAUCCCACUCAACAAUCAGUUCCCAUUUGCAGAUAAUGCAAGGAUGCAGAUUUAAGGAUUCAGUUGUGAGAUGAUGAUGGAUAGAGUGAAGAAGAAUAUUUAUUACUCUACAAGUGAUAAUAAGCUGGAAAUUGCUGGCUACGUGGGUAGUGGAAGUAGACACAAUCGAUGAUUUGAAAAUAAUAUUUUUAUUCAUUAUUGAGACGUGGGUUCUGCUGGCUAGGCUAGCAUUUAUUGCCCCUACCCAAUUGAUUAGAGGGCAGUUGAGGGUUAAUCACUUUACUGUGGGUCUGCAUGCACAUAUAGGCCAGAUUGGGUAAGGGGCAGCAUGGUGGCUCAGUGGUUAGCAUUGCUGCUUGCAGCACCAGGGACCCGGGUUCAAUCUCAGUCUUGGGCGACUGUCUGUGAAGAGUUUGCAUGUUCUACUUGUGUCUGUGUGGGUUUCCUCCCACAGUCCAAAGAUGUGCAGGUUAGGUGGAUUGGCCAUGCUAAAUUGUCCAGGUUAGGUGGGUGUCCCAUGAGAAAGGCAGAGUUAUAGGGACAGCAUAGGGAAUGGGGAGUCUGGGUGGGAAACUCUCUGGACAGUCAGUGUGGACUUGUUGGGCCAAAUGGCCUGCUUCCACACUUUAGGGAUUCUAUGAUUUCCUUUCCUAAAGGGCAUUAGUGAACCAGAUGGUUGGAAAGGGGUGCAGGGGUGCUGGGAAAGGGACAGACUGGAUUGCUUUAUAGAAAACUAGCAUGGACUGGAUGGGCUGAAUGGUUUCUUUCUGUGCCCAAGUAACCCGAUGACUCAGCUGCUGGCUCCCAACAUUUCAAUCCUAUCCCACCUUCCCAAAUGUCACAAGGAUCUGUUUUACAGACCCACACCUGAAUCAGCAACAAUAAAGCAUGUUUGUUUAACCUGAA